AUGUCUAGCCUAUUUGUUGCCCACUUACCCGACCGACUCUCAGCCUCAACAUCCACUCCCAUUCAUCCUUCUAUAUUUUUCAUGUCUGAUCUACAAUAUGCCCCGGAGGGCAAAUUGUCCUCUCUUUAUGCUCCCCUUCUUUAUCUGCUUAUGCGUGUAGCUAACUGCAUGUGUGCGUAUGUCGCCUUCUACCCGGAUAGUUCGGUCAACUGCCUCCAGAGAGGUAGAAUGGAGUGCAAAGAGAGAGAAUGGCGGGGUGGGAAUGACAGAGAGAAUGACAGGGAGAGAAAUAAGGCCUGGCUUGUAGCGGAAUUCCUUGUGGAAAUCACCAUUCAAAUAAAGGGCAUGUUAUUUGCUCUUGGUGUUAGCCCAACAAGCCAUAGGCACACUCGAUUGGACGGCUCGGUUAAACUGUACGCAUCUGGUCACACCGACUGGCUCUCUUGGCACAUGGUCUGCUUGCGGUGGCCAAACUGA